AUGUCGCGAAGAGGCGUCCGAAGAGCCGGAGGCGCGCGAAAGAUGGUCGCUUUAUCGCGAAUAAAAAACAUCACCAACGAACAAGAGUGGAUGAAAAUCUUACGAAAAGCGAAAGAUUCAAUCGUGUUGGUGGAGUUUGCGUCUUCCACAUCCAUGGGAUCGAAAGGGAUGCAACCGUACAUGUCGACGAUAUCGCGAACGGCGGAGUAUAAUCGAAUUAAAAUGUAUAAAGUGGACGUGGAUUUAGUCCCGGAUGUGGCAGUUGCGUGCGGAGUGAAAGCGAUACCGACGUACCAAAUUUGGAAGAGUGGAGAGAAAAUAGACGAGAUGAGCGGAGCGUUGCCGCAAAGAUUGGUGACGAUGUUGAAAACGCACAACGUUCAAGAGAAGUCAAAAUUCGUGUAUUUAAGAUUAGCUGCGACAGUCGCGGCAGCCAUCGGUGGGGUUUUCGCUUUACUCAAAUAUAAAGCUGAAGUGGAAUCGAAAGAAAAAGGCGAACGCGAAAAGCUUCUGGUGAAACGCGCGGAAGAACAGAGAAAGUUGAAAGCGCAGAAAGAGAGAGAACGAAUUAAAGCGUUGGACGCGAGAGGAGAGAAAACGGUAGAAAUGAUUGGAUUGGACGAAGACGACGAUGAAGACGAGGAUGAAGACGAGUGGGACGAAGACGACGAAGACGAAGACUAG